AUGGUUGAACACUUUAAAUCCCCAGUCAAAAAGUCAGGUUUCAUGAAUCUCUUUAACUAUGGCGGUCUAGUGCCUCGAUUUUUUACGAUUAUAGGAAACAUGAAAUCGGAAAAUGGUUCCACGCUUCCAUUCAAUACCGAUACACUUGUGUCAGUGCUUUCUCAAAAUCUAGAAUUAAAUUUAAAACCUCAUCAAGUUUUACAGCUUAUUAAAAAGUUAUCAAAUAACUUGACUGGUCAACAGAAAACAAAUUUACUUGAACAUCUUCUGGGUUUAACAACUAUUGGACAUUUUGAGAGUUUACGCUUAGCUACACACCUUCAUUCAUCAUGUCAUCGUAUGCCGGAUUGUUGUGAUUUUGUUACCUGGUUACCGGCCGAGUUAACUUUAAGAAUUUUCUCCUACCUAUCAUGGAAAUCUUUAGUCAUUUGUUCAGAAGUGAAUAAAAGUUGGUUGAAAUAUGCACGACAUCCAGAAUUAUAUCGUCAUUUAUGCAUGCAACCCCAAUGGUCAUCACCUAUUCAACAAAAACCGCAAUUAUUUAAUAAAUUAAUGUUAUCCAACGGAUGUAAUUAUCGUGUACAAGAUGAAAAUAUACAAAUCAAACAUUCUUUGGAUGUUAAUUGGUUGAAUGUAUUCAAGAAACGUGUAUGCCUACGACGUAAUUUUCGUUUGGGUAAACAUCGAAUACGCAGGUUCAAUGGACACAGUGGAGCGGUUUAUUGUGUUGACUGUGAUGCCUAUCGUAUUGUUAGUGGAUCAGCUGAUGCUACAAUCCGUGUAUGGAAUAUUCGUACAAAUGCAAAAUGGUCUGUACAAACACUCCGAGGACAUUCAGAUGCUGUACGCUGUGUACAAUUGUUAUCAUUACCUCAUCAUCUAUCGAACAAUAGCAAUAAUGUGAAUAAUACAAAUAAUCACUCACCUCCUGUGCAUUGUAUUCAUGAAUCGAUUGCUUCAAUACCAUGUUCACUUUGCAAAUUGGAUCCAACUGUUAAUUAUCCUAAUUGUUGGGAACCACCAGAAGUUCUUCUUAUAUCUGGUAGUGCAGAUACAACACUGAAACUAUGGCAUCUUUCAUCAACACCUAACUGGUCGCGUAUCGCAUGUACAUGCACACUACAAGGGCACACUGAUACUGUUCGAUGUGUUCAAGCUGACCAUGAGAAAGUGAUUAGCGGUUCAUACGAUUGUACACUACGUUUAUGGAGUAUACAUAGUGGUCAGGUAAAAAGAAUAUUCCGUGGUCAUUCAGCCGGUAUAACUUGUCUAGUGUACAGUGAUAAUCUUCUUUAUUCUGGUUCUUUGGAUAAUACAGUUCGAAUAUGGAAUAUAUCUACUGGUGUAUGUUAUUAUACACUAGCUCGACCAAUCUUUUCAAGUAAUCUACCCGAAGUAUCCAUCUCUUCGUCUGUUUCAUGCUUACACUUGGAUUAUGCACAGAAUAGGCUUGUUGUAGCCUAUCAUGAUGGUGUAGUAUUAACUAAAUAUUUAUCAGUACUUGUUGAAUUGAUGAAACCUUAUCAGCAUGACAACAACAACACCAACAACAAUACUACUACUUCUAGUAGUAAUGGUGAUCAAAGUCAUAGUAUAAGACAAUGGUCACUUUCAUCAGAUACUAUCUAUUUAGAUGAAUAUUUGUAUACAAAUGAUUAUAAAUCAGGUACACUGAUUCGUUGUUUAACUGGUGAUGCAUGGCAUAUUAUAUGCGGUUCUGACGACAAAUCAAUUAAGGUUUGGCAAGUAGGCGAUAAUAAAUUUGUCAAUAGCUUACAAGAACAUGAAGAUGGUGUAACUUGUGCUGUGAUAUCUGGUUCUGUGAUAAUCUCUGGAUCUUAUGAUAAAACUGUAAUCUUAUACGAUUUCGAUGUUAUAUAACAGAAUGGAUUGUUAUACUUUGUUUCGUUUUUAUAGGGUGUUUUUUUCUCUUUCUUCAUUAUUUGUACAUUUUAACUUUAUGGUAUUUUCACAUUUUACCCCCUCUCUCUCAUGGGAUCACUCAACUUGUAUAUUAUUAUUAUUACUACUAUUAUAUUGCUUUCAGGUGUAAUUUCGCUUUGCCUAUUUUCUAAUCAAUAUCUACUAUAUAUUUCAUCAUUUAUUAUUAUUAUUCUUGAUUGUACUUCUAUGUGAUAAAUGCCUGCAGUUUCAUCUAUUUCACUUUCUUUUUGUAUGUACAAUGUUCAUGUUUCUACCCUUUUUAUUUGUCUGGAAGUAUUAGUAGUAUAUCAAGGAUCUUUAACUGUCUGUAUGAUCUUCCAAAACGUUGACUUCUCUUCCAAAGGAAAUUAGGCAAUUAUUAUUAUUAUAAUGUGAUGUGUGUAUGCCUUUAGGAGAUAUUUCAGUUUUUUUUUAAAAACAACCUCAAGUGUCUUUGUUCCCUUAGCUUACCUAUAGGUGUUUACUCAAGUCAUCGCAUUUCAUUGAUAGUUAUUACUUGUUUCAGUUGGAUUAAAAAAGACCUCUUCUCGGGUAAAUUUUGUUUGUUUUUUUACUUUAUUUGUUC